AUGGUUCGAAUCAUCAACUCGGAAACCAAUGAGAUCAUUCGAGAUACUCAGUUGGAGAGGAUUUCUGUUGCUUUGAUCAAGGAAUUGAUUAGAUAUGGUUUUGCAUUUGUGAGUGGAUCAUUUGGAUGUUUUUUGAUUCAGUAUGGAGUGAAAGAGUAUCUUGUUUUACGGAAGAAUGAAAAAACAAAUCCCGAAAUCAAUGAUGAACAUCAAGCAACGAGAUGGAAGAUACUUGGAUGGUUGAUUGGAUUAUUGAAUAGAAAUUUCAAGUCAUUGAUAUAUGGUGGAUUAAUAGGGAUUGGAUUGUGGAUUUUGAUUCAACCAUUGAUCGUUGAAUUGAGAAAUUUAAACCAAAAUGUAAUUUACUUUGUUCGCGAGUAA